AGGGAGUGAGAGGAUUCUUGUAACUUGCUUGCCCUGUGUUUUGGUUCAAAUCCUGGGGUGUCUGAGUCUCAGUGAGUGUGCCAAUGCUUAGUACCCGACAUCUCUCCAUCACUCUGAGAAGUUACCGGUCUCACACAAAGACCUGGAAUCCGUGCAUUUGAGGGGUCUGACGGCACUUUUGCCUCUAGUGAGGCUGCAAGGAGGGGACCGAUGGGCUUGAUUCUGGAAGAUCUUGCUGGUGGCUUCUGUUGUUGUUUGGCUUUAACAUUUGUAUAACGAUCACAUCUUUAUCGUUCAAUGUGGAUUCAGUCGAUUUGUUGUAUAAACUGUGCAGCUGUACAACCCCCUCUACCAAGAAUAACCAGGGAGUCUAUUCAAAUAUGGAAAUGCGCUUUGUAAUUAUUCACCAAGAACUGCAUGACCAAUGUUAUGCUUGGCAAACAUGAGUGCUGUAUACUCAUUUUGCUCCAGUUCUGUCAUUUUUAUUUUUCUUGUGCUAUUUCUGUGUUGACUGUGAGGUUGGUGUUGGGUGUCUUCUUCAGUUGCUUUCCAUCUUGCCUUUGAGACAAGGUCUCUUACUGAACCUGGACCCUCUAAUUCCACUCUGUGGACUGGCCAGAAAUUCCCAGGGAUCCUCCUGUAUAUACAUAUGGGUUGGUAAUUGCAGUGCUCCUGGGUAGGACCCUGGUCAACUAAUCCUCAGGGAUGGCAGCCAUCAACGGAUGGCCCUCCUGGGGUCCCCUCAUGGACCAGUCUUGGGAGAUGGCAGCUGCUGGCCCCUCUGCCUCCUGGGCCCUGUGCCCUCAGGUUGCAGCAUGGUCCAUACAGGGAAGCCCUGAGGAGGAGGGAAGAAGGACAGCUGUGCUUCCAACAGCUCAGGUCCAGGAACCAGUGACUUUCAAAGAUGUGGCUGUGGCCUUCACCCAAGAAGAAUGGGGGCAGCUGGACCUUGUUCAGAGGACUCUGUACCGUGAUGUGAUGCUGGAGACCUAUGGACACCUACUGUGUGUGGGGAAUCAGAUUGCUAAGCCUGAAGUCAUCUCCCUGUUGGAACAAGGAGAAGAGCCAUGGUCAGUGGAGCAAACAUAUCCUCAAAGCACUUGUCCAGAGUCGAUGAGAAAUGUUGAAAGCAAAGCAUUGAUUCCAGCACAAAGUGGUUUUGAGGAAGAACAAUCCAAUGAAAUCACACUAGAAAGAUACAUAUGGGAUGAUACUUGCCUCUCCAAGCUAGGAGUUUUGGGAUGUGAAAACCAAUUAGAAAUGUAUCACAUGAACCGGAGUACAGGUAUGAGGCAAAUGGUUUUCAUGCAAAAACAAGUACUUUCUCAACGUGGUUCUGAAUUCUGUGAAGUUGGCACAGCGUACAGCCAAAGCUUAAACUUGAUUCCAUCUCAGAGAGUUUCUCAAUUAGAACAUUUCUAUAAACCUGAUUCACAUCUUGAAAGUUGGAGCUGUAAUUCAGCUAUAAUGUAUGCAGAUAAGGUUACUUGUGAAAAUAAUGAUUAUGACAAAACCUUCUGCCAGGCUAUUCAGCCUGUUUAUCCUGCAAAAAUGAAAACUGGAGAUAACCUGUUCAAAUGUACUGAUGCUGUGAAGUCUUUCAAUCAUAUUAUACAUUUUGGUGACCAUAAAGCAGUACAUACAGGAGAAAAACUCUAUGAAUAUAAGGAAUGCCAUCAAAUCUUUAACCAGGGACCAUCACUCAAUGAACACCCAAGACUUCAAAUUGGAGGAAACCAGUAUGACUAUAAAGAAUAUGAGAAUAUCUUUUAUUUCUCAUCUUUUAUGGAACAUCAAAAAGUCAGUACUGUAGAAAAAGCAUAUAAAUACAAUGAAUGGGAGAAAGUCUUUGGGUAUGACUCAUUACUUGCUCAACAUACAAGCACAUAUACUACAGAGAAACCCUAUGAAUAUAACAAAUGUGGAGCAUCUUUUAUCUGGAGCUCUUACCUUAUUCAGAAUAAGAAAACUCAUACUGGAGAGAAACCCUAUGAAUGUGAUAAAUGUGGAAAAGUUUUUAGGAAUCGUUCAGCCCUUACUAAACAUGAACGGACUCACGCUGGAAUAAAACCCUAUGAAUGUAACAAAUGUGGGAAAGCCUUCAGUUGGAAUUCUCAUCUUAUUGUACACACAAGAAUCCAUACAGGAGAAAAACCUUAUGUAUGUAAUGAAUGUGGGAAGUCUUUCAACUGGAACUCCCAUCUUAUUGGACAUCAGAGAACUCAUACUGGAGAGAAACCUUUUGAAUGUACUGAAUGUGGAAAAUCUUUUAGCUGGAGUUCCCAUCUUAUUGCCCACAUGCGAAUGCAUACUGGAGAGAAACCCUUUAAAUGUGAUGAAUGUGAAAAAGCUUUUAGGGAUUAUUCAGCUCUUAGUAAACAUGAAAGAACUCACUCUGGAGCAAAACCAUAUAAAUGUACUGAGUGUGGAAAGUCCUUCAGUUGGAGUUCCCAUCUCAUUGCUCACCAGAGAACUCACACAGGAGAGAAACCUUAUAAUUGUCAAGAAUGUGGUAAAGCUUUCAGAGAACGCUCAGCCCUUACUAAACAUGAAAUUAUUCAUUCUGGGAUUAAGCCCUAUGAAUGUAAUAAAUGUGGAAAAUCCUGUAGCCAGAUGGCUCAUCUUGUUAGGCACCAAAGGACUCAUACUGGAGAAAAACCUUAUGAAUGCAAUAAAUGUGGAAAAUCCUUCAGUCAGAGCUGUCACCUUGUUGCUCAUCGGAGAAUUCACACUGGAGAGAAACCCUAUAAAUGUAAUCAAUGUGAAAGAUCCUUUAAUUGUAGCUCUCACCUUAUUGCACACAGGAGAACUCAUACUGGAGAGAAACCAUACAGGUGUAAUGAGUGUGGGAAGGCAUUUAAUGAGAGUUCUUCCCUUAUUGUACACUUAAGAAACCAUACUGGAGAGAAACCCUACAAAUGUAAACAUUGUGAAAAAGCUUUUUGUAAGAAUUCGUCCCUGAUUAUCCAUCAGAGAAUGCAUAGUGGGGAGAAACGCUUUAUAUGCAGUCAGUGUGGAAGAGCCUUUAGUGGUCACUCGGCUUUACUUCAACAUCAGAGAAAUCAUAGUGAAGAGAAACUGUAACUGAAUUGGUCAAAGACUUUUUUUAUUGUAUGUUUGACAACACAUUGCGGUGGGGGAGAUCUUAUAAAUAUAACUAAGGGAUGUUUUUCACUAAGAAUUUAGUAAGACUAUAUUAUACAACAAGAACUCUUUUUGUUGUUGUUGUUGUUUUUAGAAGAAACCUAAGUGACGUGAAUGAAAAGACAAGGGGAAGCCUUUGGGCUGUUAGGUAGCCUGCAUUCAGUGUUAGGAAAUUAUAGAAAGAAGCUCUAAGCUUCUCACUUGGUAUACAAGGAAUCCAUGUUUGAGGAACAUGAUUGAAUGAAUAAGGUAUUCUAGCAAGAGCUCUAAUUUGUAGAUCAAAAUGUAGAAAUUUGUGCAUUGUUCAGAGGGAAGUCUUGUGCCAAGAAUAGUGUUUUUACUGGAAAGUUACUAUUUGGAAUAUUAGAUGGAAAGUUUCAUGUUAACAUUUUGUGUGUAAUCAUAGAAACAGAUUUUGCUAUUACAAGGGGAGGGUCUAGGCGCUUUUUAAGAGAAUAUGGAAUAGUAAAUCUGAAUUUAAGAAAAAACUAGCGUAGUAUUGAGUAGGGUAUUUACUGUUGAUCAAGGAUAAUCUCUUUGGAAAAAAAUUCGUAAAGGAGAUCACUAAUUAUAGAAGAUUGAAAGGCUCUUUCCUAGAAAUAUGAGACUGAGUUUUGAAACAGAAAAUGGUACUUAAUAAUGUAGUAUCAGUGUCCAUUGCUACUUAUCACUGAAUUAUUGGGCAGUUUGUUUAUAACUUUUUAGGCAAUCACUAUAAAUUGUAAUUGUGGAGAGUCUGGCAGAGUACAUAGCAGAAGUAACAACAAGAAGGACACAGUUGUAUAUAAACAUCUGCUGUAACCUUUAAAAAAGUAUGUUUGGAUAAAGACUUCUUAGAUCCAUGGAGAAACUAACCCAUUUAAUUUAAGUUUAUUAUUAUUAUUUUAAUAUUUGUUUUACAAAUACAAAAGAACUUACCAUGUUCUAGGCUUCAUUUGUAAUGCUUUUUUUUUUAAUUUCUUUAACUGUAUGAAGUAAGCUACCCUAGUUUUACAGCCCCCAUUUUACAAAUGGAUAAACAGAAGCAGAGAUAUUGAGUAACUUACCCAAGUGACACAUGUAGUAAGAUAUGCAGUUGAGAUUAUUUGGCUCCAGAGUUUGUGUUUUUAACCACUGAGUUUUCUUUCUUUUGUUGAGUGUUUUUAUAGUAAAUAUUUGAUAAUAAAAUUCAAGAAAAUUCUAA